AUGUCAUCGCCUCAGCAGGGCGCCCAACGACUCGAGUCGGAUUGCCUGGUCAUUCUCCAGAAUGGUAUCAAGCUGCCGGUCAGCUCCUCAACCUUAGCAGCGGCCUCUGAGCCUUUCGCUAGAAUCUUCAGCAUUCAUUCACAGGAGCCACGUACUGCCAGCUUACCUCUUCCAGAGAUCAACAAAUUUCAAGGGCGCAAUGCUGACGCUGUGGCGUUCUUGCUCAGUGCCCUGCAAAAUCGUCUUUCAGACACCGUCACGCCUGCUCUUCAGCUCAUCAAGGAAGUUGCUACGCUUGUUCAUGAGUAUGAAUGCGCGCCCUCACUAACACAUAUCUCAACAACAUGGCUGUCGGAACUGAGGAUGAAAGCGGACGAAUCUCGGUGGCAGGGUAACGCUAUUGAGAACGACAAACACGCCACCGACGACCUUAUCGGCAUCGCCUACCUCUUCGACAACGCAGCGGAGUUCUACAAAAUUACAAAGCAGUUCACCCUGUUUCAUCGUGCUGGCUUCUGCGAUCUUGGAGAUCUCAUGGACAAGCUUCCGCCGGCGGUCAUCCCUGCCAUGGCCGAGCGUAAGCGUCGCAUCUUCGACAAGGUUUCAUAUGACCUCAACAACGAGAUGAAUCAGCUCAUGGCGCACCUGUCCGUUAACGUCGGCAACGCCUGUAAUGGAGGUCAUCCCCAUGGUGUUAAUUGCGGCUUCCUCUAUCUGGCAUCCCAUGGUCAGGACUUCCACCCUCGUAGGCGCCAAGACUACAUCCUGGAUAACGUUCUGCUCGGGCUCAUGGACCGGGCUUUUACGAGGUCCGAUACUAUGCUGUUCAUCACCGAUCAGACCUGCGACCGUUGCAGGGAUGCUCUUUUGCCUCAUGUAGAUCACUUCAUCGAGAAGCUGGAGAACGUUGGCACGAGGGCGUGGGAGUUGCUGGUAGGAGUCUGUCUCGACUGCGCCAAGACCCGCGGUUCAUCCUUUCCCAACUGCCGCGUCACGCAUGGGGAGGACAACAUCUUGCUGGGAAAGCCAGAUGGCAAUUCCUGCUGCCCUUUUCUACAUAUAAGACCCGGAAAUCUGCUCGGUGCUACUAGCAGCGAUAGUCAGGAUGUUGGGGCUCUUCAUGGCACUCAGGGAAAUCACGGCAAUAGCUCCGCUCAUUCUGUCAAUGAAGAUUAG